AUGGGUGAGGCCGGGGCAGUGUUCAGGCUGGAGCUCAGUCCCUCACAGGCAUGCCAACCCAACGUGGCAACAGGUAAGAAACUGCUGGUGUCAACUGUGAAAUUUAAGUCACUUAACUGUUUUUAUUUGUUUUUAAAUUAGGAUGGAGAGGAAGAAUUUAACCGUGCUAAACUGCUGAAUAUAGGAUUCGCAGAGGCUUUGAAAGAGUAUGACUAUGAUUGCUUUGUGUUUAGUGACGUAGACCUCAUCCCAAUGGAUGACAGGAACACCUACAAAUGUUACAGCCAGCCACGGCACCUCUCUGUAUCCAUGGAUAAAUUCGGAUUUCGGUUGCCUUACAAUCAGUAUUUCGGAGGCGUGUCUGCCUUGAGCAAAGAGCAGUUCACAAAGAUCAAUGGGUUCCCAAACAAUUACUGGGGCUGGGGUGGCGAAGAUGACGACAUUUAUAACAGGCUGGUGUUUAAAGGCAUGGGCAUAUCCCGUCCGGAUGCCGUCAUUGGGAAAUGCAGAAUGAUUCGUCAUUCCCGGGACAGGAAGAACGAACCCAACCCCGAGAG